AAAAAAAAAAAAAAGUAGGCAUUAAGCACGAAAUCCAUCUGUUGUUGCCUGACCGAUGAAUGAAUGACUACAUUAUAAGUACGUAUUUUUACGUGUGAUCAGAUUCGUAAAGUCAAACGUUAAAAUUUUUAAAAAACCUCACGGGUCACGUGCUCAAGCAGUGAAUACAGCUCUUCAGUCUUUACUAACUAGAUAUCUUCAGUUGUUUUCAUGUUAAAAGAGAGACUAUUCUGGCUCUCAAGCUACCAAAUCCUCUUUCAUCUCCAUUAGAAAGUUCUAUUAUAUACACAUCGUGAUCACUAAAUCUUACACUUGGUAUUUUACUUGCCUUUAAAGCCUUCCUUGGCUAUCUUCCUUCACACCCUCUUUAAAGAGUCACUUGACUUUAAUAUUUCUCCUUUUCUCUUUAUUUUUAUAUUUUUUUCCUUCUUUGCGAUUCUCUGAGAGCAUGCCUGAAUGUCAAGAGAAAGGGAGAGAUUUGAAGAGAUAGGGAAGAAGAUCAAAAGAGAAGCAGAUGCUUGACCUCAUCAGAUGGCAGGAAUUAGAAGACCAAUGUCGGGUCCUCCCGGAACUCUCAACACCAUUACACCUUGUGCUGCCUGCAAGCUUUUGCGCCGUAGAUGUGCUCAAGAAUGUCCCUUUUCUCCGUAUUUCUCCCCACACGAGCCUCAUAAGUUCGCAUCCGUCCACAAAGUCUUUGGAGCUAGCAACGUCUCCAAGAUGCUAAUGGAAGUACCUGAGAGCCAGAGAGCAGACGCCGCAAAUAGCCUUGUGUAUGAAGCAAACGUGAGGCUAAGAGAUCCGGUGUACGGAUGCAUGGGAGCAAUCUCAGCUCUACAACAACAAGUCCAAGCUUUACAAGCCGAGCUCACGGCCGUAAGAUCAGAGAUUCUUAAGUACAAGCAACGAGAAGCUGUCGCCACUUUGAUCGUACCUUCCAACUCCCAAGUCGCCGGAUUUCACAACUCCGGUGGCGUCUCCGUGAUUGCACCACCACCUCAAAGACCAUCAACUCCACCACAACCUACGACGGCUCAUCCUCCUCCUCCAUCUUCUUGUAUUUUAUCUCAACCAACCACAAGAGCCUUAGAAUACGGCGACAUUGAAAAUUCAUGCAAACAAUGUUCGGUGGGGAUGUGUUUUGCUUAAAAAUGGUAAAAUAAAAUUAAUGAGCAAUAAGGAAGAGUUCUUUACUUUUUUUACUUCGUUAAUUUUCCGUUGUACAAAUAUGAAAGCAGAUAAUUUGGCAUGAAAAGUUCGUUUAUACCCAACCGUAAUAUGUCACUUAUGCAAACAAUAUUUUCCAUUGCUUGCUUAUUUGAGCUAGUUAUUUAAAGGUGUUGACAAAAAAAUAAAAAUAAUAAUCAAUUUGAAAUUAAAUAUUUGACAUAAUUGUUAGUCCUUAAUUUCAUUAAUUGGCCUACCAACAAGCAAAUAAGGAUAUACAGUAAUCUAAUUUGGUUGCAAAUCUGUCUGUAAAAUGGAAUUUAACACAUACUGUAUUUUGGACAUCUUUUAUCUUCAUUUGUAUGGUACUAUCAUUAUUAUUUGCCAUCUCAGGUUUGUAACUUCAAAUCUGGGUAAAAGAACCACGCUUUAUUAGUUGAAAAACGUGAAAUUAAUACAUUUACUUUUAACGUUCUCGCUAAUUGUAAGUUUUCAACACAUCCUUGUGUUGGAAAUAUUUCCCAGCCGGUUGAAUUCAUAUCCCUAAAACAGUAAGCAAAAAGGUCGGACUCAAAAGUCAGAUUCAAAAAAAAUCAAUCCCCUAAACCUAAAUUGUAAUUUGAAGACCAUUGACUAGAGCUUUUGUGGUUGGAAAUGCUUAUCUAGGGUCAAAGAUUAUGAUCCUUAUAGGAGAUGUGAUGUUUUGGCCUUUGGGUUUGGUCCAAUGUCACGGUUGCUU